CGAUCCGUCUUUGGCAACUUUGUCCCAUUUAAUAAGGAGACCACUCUCCGUUUGUCUGGAGACAUUACCGUGCUUGAAGCAUGACAUGCAUGAGAGUACGCAGGCGAAGCCACUUGACGACAUGAAUAGUAGUGCGGUUCCGGUUGUUAGGAUGAGAUCGUGAGUACAAUGGCUUCAUCGCAGAACCCAUGCGACAUGGCACGCACGCGAUAAGGCAACGGAACCACUCCACGUGGGAAGACAGUUCUCAGGUCAUUCCAAACUGGCGGGUCUUGCUAUCUUGCAACCUCGGGGUAUCUUUAUCCAACCAUCGGUGUUGCGACUGCCGCUGUACGAAAGAUUUGGUGGUGUUUGGUUGACACUGAUAAGAAAGUAUCUGAUCGCCAUGGAAGGGGCUUGUUCACCUUAGACGCGCGCUUCCGGACCUGCUUGCGGUACAGAUAAAGCGACAGCAGUAACAUAAUACAACACAUCCACGUCGGGGGCAAUCGUGGGCGUGGCAGAGCCCAACAAGAUGAGAUGAAAUGGAUUCUGCCCUAUCAACAUCGUAACCAGGGUCUUCCCCCAUACGGGCCAUACCACUAUCUCGCCGACGGCCACCCCGGUCAGUAAUGGAGCGACAGCUCUUGGAGCUCAGCUGUCGUUCUAAAUACUCGUCCAAACAGUAGCGAUUGUUCGAGUAUGCUGAUCGCAGCUGCACUUGUUAUUCUCUCCCUCUUUUGCCAUCGUCGACGCUAAGAUGGCAGACGAAAAGCACGCCAUCCGAACCUCUUCCGAUAAAUCUCCACCAGACAGCACCAUCGCUGCUGUAGACUUUUCAGCUGGAACCACCGAGUCGCUCAAGCACCCAGACAAAUACACGGUCACUGAGAAGAAGGAACAAGAUGACCGCUGUUCCUCUCACGGCAAAGCAGGAGACGAUGCAGAAGAAAGUGAAGUCUUUGGCGCGACAGGCGAGGGCAAAGUCAACUUCCGCACUGUAGGCUGGAUCCGCGCCUCUAUGUUUCUCAUGAAACAGACCUUUGCCACUGGAGUCCUUUCCAUGCCUUCUGCAAUGUACUACCUCGGAGGAGUCAUGUCUCCCUUAUUCAUCGUCUUUUGGGGAUUGGUGAAUACAUAUUCUGCCAUCAUCCAAGGCAAUUUCAAGUUGGCGCAUCCGAAGAUGCAUACGAUUAUUGAUGGAGCUGAGAUUGCAGUGUUGGAUCUCAGCAAGAGUAAAUUCUGGAGCAAAUUUGCAAAGUUCAUCGCGGAGGUACUAUACCUGAUGAGUUGGCUGUUGUGUAUUGGCUUGGCGGUGUUGGCUAUCGGAACUGCUUUGAAUGCUGUCACGAAGCAUGGAACUUGUACCGUGGCUUUCAACGUUAUCGCCAUGCUCGUCUCCAUCGCCACAGGCAGCAUCCGCAAAAUCCACGGCCUAGGCAUCAUCCUCUGGAUCGGCUUCGUCUCCGCCCUCGUCUCCGUCCUCAUGGUCGUUGUCGCUGUCGCCAUCCGCUCUCGACCCGCCUACGCCCCCCAAACGGGCCCCUUCGACCUCGGCUUCCAACCCGGCCCACCGCCCGGUACCACCUUCGCGCAAGCAUGGGCGGGAGCAAUCGCCAUCUACGCCUCCUCCUCCAACACUUGCGGCUACAUCCCCGUCAUGAGCGAAAUGCGCCGCCCGCAAGACUUUUUCCGCGCCCUCUACGUCAGUGCCACGUUUGUCAACACCGCCUACCUCUCCCUCGCCACCGUCAUGUACGCCUACGCAGGGAAAUACGUUACAUCCCCCGCCCUGGGCUCCGCGGGCCCCACGAUCAAAAUUGCGGCCUACGCCGUCGCUCUACCAGGCUUGUGCGCCGUCGGAAUGAUCUGUGUUCACGUCCCCGCCAAGACCGUCUUCGUGCGAAUUCUCCGUGGGACACGCCAUUUGACGGAAAAUACUGCCACCCAUUGGAUCGUCUGGAUCGCAUGUACCGUGAGUUGUGGCUUUGUCGGAUGGUUGCUUGCAGUCGCAAUACCAUUUUACACGUCUCUGGUGAGUUUGAUUGGAAGUAUGGGCUUUGGCCCCUUGGGAGUGGUGUUACCGCCUCUGCUGUGGUUUUCGAUUCAUCCGGGGUAUCGCACGGGGACGUGGAAGGAGCAAGGGCUGUGGUGGGCGCACGUGGCGAUGUUGUUGUUGGGACUGUUGUUGUCCAUCGGGGGCACGUAUGCGAAUAUUUCGAAUAUUGCGGAUCAGUUUCGCGCAGGGAAGGUCGGGACGGCGUUUUCUUGUGCGGAUAAUAGUGCUACUGUUGUUAGUGCUUAAGUGUGAGGAGGAGGAGCAGGAGGAGAAGGGGGACAAUGGGGAAGGUGAGAGGUCCUAGG